UUCAGUCGCUCGUCACAACCUCCUUUUUAACCGGGACAACAUGGCUACUGCGGCGAGCCGCUACUACAGCGAAGACGGCCGGGCGACCAAACGACAGAAAACCGACGGAAUGGCCACGGGAUACGAAGAUCCCCACAAGACACUUCCCUCCGUGGUGGUUCACGUCCGGGGGCUGGUGGACGGGGUCACAGAAGCCGAACUCGUUGAGGCUUUACAAGAAUUCGGAGCCAUCAGCUAUGUGGUAGUGAUGCCAAACAAGCGACAGGCCCUGGUGGAGUAUGAGGAGAUGAACGGGUCGUCCACGGCGGUCACCUACGCUGCAGACAACCAGGUGUACAUCGCAGGUCACCCAGCCUUUAUCAACUACUCCACCAGUAAAAAGAUCUCCAGACCGGGAGACUCUGACGACUCCAGGAGUGUUAACAAUGUCCUCCUGUUCACCAUCAUGAACCCCAUCUACCCCAUCACUACGGAUGUCCUGUACACUAUCUGCAACAACUGCGGGCCAGUCCAGAGAAUUGUCAUCUUCCGGAAGAACGGCGUCCAGGCGAUGGUUGAAUUUGACUCUGUGCAAAGUGCACAGCGGGCCAAGGCAUCGCUGAACGGAGCAGACAUCUACUCUGGCUGCUGUACCCUGAAGAUCGAGUAUGCAAAGCCCACUCGCCUGAACGUGUUCAAGAACGACCAGGACACCUGGGACUACACCAACCCCAAUCUGGGAGGACCAGAUGGUGAUGCAGAUGGCAAUGGGAGCAAUGCAGAUGACGUAAACGCCAACCCCAACAAGCGCCAAAGACAGCCCGCUCUACUGGGCGACCACCCCCCCGAGUACGGCGGCGGUGGUUACCACGGCUACGAUGAGAGUUACGGGUCUCCGCCCUACGAGGGUCGUCGCAUGGUUCCUCCGAUGAGGGGACGAGGAGGAAGGAGCUACGGGCCGGGCUACGGACCCCCGCCUCCUCCCCCCGGGGAGUACGGCGCCCACGCCGACUCACCGGUCGUCAUGGUUUAUGGGCUGGACCCCGCGAAGAUGAACGCAGACCGCGUCUUCAAUAUCUUCUGUCUGUACGGCAAUGUAGAGAGGGUGAAGUUCAUGAAGAGUAAACCUGGAGCCGCCAUGGUGGAAAUGGGAGACUGCUAUGCAGUGGACCGAGCCAUCACGCAUCUCAACAACAACUUCCUGUUUGGACAGAAGCUGAAUGUUUGCGUGUCCAAGCAGCAGGCCAUCGUGCCAGGUCAGUGCUACGAACUGGAAGACGGUACGAGCAGUUUCAAGGACUUCCACGGCUCCAGGAACAACCGGUUCACCUCCCCGGAGCAGGCGGCCAAAAACCGAAUCCAGCACCCCAGCAACGUCUUGCACUUCUUCAACGCCCAGCCCGACGCCACGCCAGAGAUUUUCUCUGAGAUUUGUGAGGAGAUCGGUGUCAAGAGCCCCGUCAACGUCAAAAUGUUCACAGGAAAAAGCGGCGCUGCUCCGAGUGACCGCAGCGCUUCGGGUCUGCUGGAGUGGGAAUCCAUCAACGAUGCCAUGGAAGCGCUGGCCCUGAUUAACCACUACCAAAUGAAAAAUCCAAGUGCGUCCGGUCCGUACCCGUACACCUUAAAACUGUGCUUCUCCACCGUUCAGCACGCCAACUGAGCAGCUCUAGUAGCCGGGGAACGAAGACUGGUCCGUCGUUCUCACGCUCAGGCGACCUUUGACCAUGACUGCUUGCAACAGAGUUUGGAAAAAUUGACUUCCAGAAACUGUGAUUAACUUUUCAAUUGAUUCAUAAUGUGCAAACUUGCUCAUUUAACAUAUGAGUAGAAUAUUAAAAAAUGUAAGACAUUAAAGUUUUUGGUAUUUAUGCCCCCAGAUGUGGUUGACAGUAUCAGUUCCUGUGUGUUUAACUUUAGGUAAUCCUUUUUACUUUUUGUAUUAUGCUUAUACAGAAACCUGACAUGGCAUAUUCGUUCAGACUGGUUUUUAUGCUCAAGUGUUUAAGCCGCAGUGAUUGUGUAAAAGUUGUCUUUUUUUUUUUUUUUUUACUUUUAUUUUAUUUUUGUGUUAUUUUAAACGCUGACUGUUCAGUUUUGUGUCUCCAUGUCUGGUGUGCAGGUGGAGAGUUUUGUUCUAAGAAAAUAAAAAAAUUAUGAUUACA